AAUAUGGCGUUCCCCACUUAGGCAGUGCUGUGGCUGCUUCCCUAGAUGGCCGUGGGCAGCGCUGACUUGGGGCUGUGGUCUGUCUAACCCAGGCUGCAGAAAGCUGCAGUUAAAGUUCGUUUCUGGUCACGGCUCCAGAAACCCACCCUCCUCUGAGGGUCAAGAAGCGCUGCUUCCUUCUAGUUCCCGCAAGUUCCUCAUCUGCUUCUAGCUUGUUUCCCGCGCCACCUCCGGACACCCUCAAGACCCUGACACCCCCAGACUCAAACUAUGAGCCUUCGGCAGCUGCUUUUGCGCUUGCCCUGUUAUCUCGGGGCCUCGGGGCCCCGACGUGGCCCCCUCGACACCAUCUCCUCGGUGGUCUCCUGGCGUGGUCAGUCCUCCAGGUCCCCGGCCCACUGGAACCAAGUGGUGUCAGAGGCGGAGAAGAUCGUGGGCUACCCCACGUCCUUCAUGAGCCUCCGCUGCCUGCUGAGCGACGAGCUCAGCAACAUCGCUAUGCAGGUGCGGAAGCUGGUGGGGACUCAGCACCCUCUGCUUACCACAGCCAGGGGCCUUGUACACGACAGCCAGAAUAACCUCCAGUUGAGGGGCUUGGUGGUGCUACUUAUUUCUAAGGCAGCUGGGCCCAGCAGUGUGAAUGCUUCAUGUCAGAGCUAUGACAUGGUCAGUGGUAUCUAUUCAUGUCAAAGAAGUUUGGCAGAGAUCACAGAACUUAUCCAUACUGCUCUCCUUGUACAUCGUGGGAUAGUAAAUUUAGAUGAAUUGCAAUCUUCUGAUGGGCCACUGAAAGACAUGCAGUUUGGAAAUAAAAUAGCUAUCCUGAGUGGAGACUUUCUUCUAGCAAAUGCCUGCAAUGGACUAGCUCUGCUUCAGAACACCAAGGUUGUGGAACUUUUAGCAAGUGCUCUUAUGGAUUUGGUACAAGGAGUAUACCAUGAAAAUUCUACUUCAGCAAAGGAAAAUCAUAUCACAGAUGAUAUUGGAAUAUUAACUUGGAAGAAGCAGACUUUUCUCUCCCAUGGUGCCUUAUUAGCAAAGAGCUGCCAAGCUGCAAUGGAAUUAGCAAAGCAUGAUGCUGAGGUUCAGGAUAUGGCAUUUCAGUAUGGGAAGCACAUGGCCAUGAGUCAUAAGAUAAAUUCUGAUCUCCAGCCUUUUAUUAAAGAAAAGACCAGUGACUCCUUGACUUUUAAUCUAAACUCAGCUCCUGUAGUCUUACAUCAGGAGUUUCUUGGAAGAGAUUUGUGGAUUAAGCAGAUCAGAGAGGCUCAACGGAAAGGAAGAUUAGACUAUGCUAAGUUGCGAGAAACAAUCAGCGCUGGCAAAGGUGUGACUUCAGCUAUUGACCUGUGUCGUUACCAUGGAAACAAGGCACUGGAGGCCCUGGAGAGCUUUCCUCCCUCGGAGGCCAGAACUGCUUUAGAAAACAUUGUGUUUGCUGUGACCAGAUUUUCGUGACACCAAAUUAAAAAGACUAUUGUUCGUUAGCUGAAAAAAACUGGGGAAUGAGGUGAUCGGGAGAGCUUUCAUGAUGAAAGAUCUAAAUGUGUUAAUGACUUUAACAACAUACACAUUUUUUUUCUUUUUACCACACUGCUAAAUGAAUACUGCCUUCUUUUUGGAACUGCUACAAACAAAAUUAGAAGAAAAAAGGUCAAGCAGUUUUCAGUUGUCACGCCACAAGCACACUUGAGGCUUCAGUAGCAGAAAUAAUUAAUGAGAUUCGCUCCUGUGACCUCAGCAAAUGGACAGGAAAUAAGUCCUUAUUGAUUGGACUGAGCCAGGGAUGGCGCCAGGGCGGUGGCCUGUGGUUUUCCUUCUAGAGAGGACAGGGCAAGCUGGAAGCUGCAGGUGUCAAGAGAAACACUAUCAAUGCCAGCCAGGGAGGACUGUCAAAUCAAAAGCCGGUGACCAAUUUUUCAUAACGGAGGGUAGUUUAAUGAUUAAGAAAAAAAAACAUGCUUUGUCUUCUUGCAAUUAUGUCUUUGUAUUUUAUAGCUGCAGUAUGGAUAUACUUUGUGCUUCUUGGGUUCUGUAAGAUUUUGGGGGGAAACUGCUGAAAAAAUAAGGCCAAAUAUUUGAAGUAGGAGAUUAAAAUGUUAUCAAAUGUUAACUUGGUUAUAGUAGGAAUUGCCUGUUUUUCUUUCUGGAAGACCAGAUUUUUUCAAACGCAUUUCAAAGAACCAAACUUUUUUUUCAAGCUGAACAGGAUGCUUCUUUUUUUCAAGUAAAUGUAUUCAUUUGUAAUACGUUGGUGUAGAGAAUACCUUUAAUUUUUACAAGUGUCAGAUAUAUAAUUGUUGUACUGGGGAAUUCAUUGGUGAUUUUUUUUUUUAGCCUCAGAGUGUCAGAUUUUGGUCUUGAACCACAGACAUCCAAUUACAGAAAGAAUAUAAGCAAUCUCACAGGCCUGCAAUUGGACACUGUCUCUCUGUGGUUCAUAGGAGAUGAUUUUUGAGGUUUGCAUGCAUGCAAUAUGAGAACACCGUUGACAAGAAGGCUGAGUUUACAUAAAUGAUCUAGAUUGAGACUCAGCUACCUUUCUUCCUUAUGUGGUGUAAUUACAGCCCUAUCUGGAGACAGCGAACACAGCAAACAGAUUUUAUUACCUAGUUCACUCAAACACUAAGUGAAGUCACUUUAGUUAAAUUCCUUCUUCAAAAGUUACAAAACCGUUUUAUCAGGACCCAUCAUGUGGCAUGCAAUGAAAAGAAAAUGUAAGCUACAGAGGUUAAGGUAUUGUAUUUUGAAAUAUUUUUAAGCGUACUUGAAAUGUUGUAAUUGUACAGUUUAUGCUACUACAAUUUGAAGGCCUAUAGAUUUAGCUGAAGAGAACACUCCACUCUUCUGUUUGAAAUGCCUUUUCUCACAGAAAUUGGCUUAAUUAGUAACUAUGGUUAGAUGCUUUAGAUCAGACUAGGUUUUAAUCAUUAACUUCCACAAAGGAGGAGUCAUGCUUUGUGUCCUCUGGAUGAGCAGGAACUUCAGCAAGCUGUAGGUUUUAUUAAGCAGAUGGUCAGGUACUAUGGAACACAAGGCAGGAUUCUAGGGCUCCUCUAGUUCUGGUUUAGCACCUGGUUCUCUGUGUGACCUUGAACAAGUCACUUCCCUCUGAGCCUCAGUUUCCACAUUUGUAAAAUAAGGUUAAACAAGAGAAUAUAUGAGGUCCUCUCCAGCUUUGUUUUAUUUUCUAAAAGUUUGCCAUUUCUGACUCUCUAGAUAACAAAGAUGCUAUGUGAAAUUCAGGGAACAGGGAAGGUGAAACACAAAGAGAGGCUAUGAAGGAAAGCAUAAAACUUAAUGGCAGACUUCUUGCCAAGCUGCCUAACAGGUGACCUAAAGAAUUCCCAGCUCUCCUUUGUAUGACUUAUAAUCCUGGACUCUUUGUUUCAACACUCGCCUUUCUGCUUUCUUUGGAACAUUUCCUACCUCCCUUUCAUCUUCCCAGCUGCCUUCCAGGCCUCUGUUCCCUCUCCUGUGCCCUGCUGUCUGUCCGACUCCCUGGGAGCAACAGCCCUGCCCUCACUGUUGAGUGACAGCUCUGCUUUUGUUAAACCUAAUACGCUGGCUAAGUCAGUCUAAAGUAUUAAAUACUGAUAGUCUUCUCCGUACCCCUUCUUCAGGGAUAUUUAUUUAUUAAUUCAUUUUAAGCCCUUAUAAUUUCAGACAAUCUCUAGGGAGAAAUUUGGGGACAGCAAGACGUGCUUAAUUACACCUUUUGGCCUACUGCCUGAGUGCUGCCAGGGAAGGUACUGACAAGGCAGAGUUAGUGACCUUAGAAUGUCUCCUCCUUUACCCCCUCUGCAUCACUCUCCACCCCCAGCUUCUUGCUAGAGUGAAGAAUUCAUUCAUUAACCAUUGUCCCUCUUCCCCCCCACCUGGACCUGCAAACCUCACUCACUUCAGGCCCCUGAGCCCACCUGCACUCUCCUUCCUCCCUAUCAGUCUUUUCUUCAAGUAAGGGCUCUGCGUGUAUACCAGGCACUCUGCUAAGGGCUUUAACAGUACUGUCUUGUUCGAAUCCCAUGACCACUCUCUGGGGGUAAGACUUAAUCCCCCAUUUAUAGAUGCAGGAGCCAGCAGAAAGGACUGCCUCUGACAGACUGGCUUGCCUUCACACGCCAUCUCCCCACUUUAGAGUCAUUCCAGACAGCACCUCUUUCUCUCUUCCUUUGCUUCUCUUUCCAGAUAAGACUCUACUCCUUUCCAAAGAUCUCGAGCCUUCAGCCUCCUGUCUCCCUCAUGUCCCUAUUCUUGAGUCUUGUGUUUCCCCUGCUGGCUAUGAAUGGGCUCAGUUCUCCCCUAAAUGACAUCCCUCACUUCCCCUAUUUAUCCUUCCACCUCUACUUUUUUCUUCCUAGCAUUAGCAGCACACCUUCUUACAGGCUACUAACUCCUUAACCCUGGCAAUUGGUCAUUCACUGCCGGGUCCCCACCAUCUAGACCAGCGCCAGCACUGUAGACACUCAAAGACUACUUGUUCAACAAAUCUAUCGGGUCUCACGGCACUACUCCACUGAGAUGCCUUCUUCUCGUUCACAGAUGGUGACCUCACUGUGAAGUUUACCAGACGUCCCCCUGCAUGCAGACUUCCCCACAGCAUUUCACCUUGCUAAUGCAGCUUCCGCCCUCACCCCCACAGCACCUGUGACCCACUUCCCCUCUUCUCUGACUACCCUUCCUUUUGUGUCUCAUACAUCUCUCUCUUAGUCCCACCUCUAGAGACAUUCUUUUCUAAAUUUUUAAAUUAUAUUUCCCGAGGAACUAUAAAGCCGUUUCCUGUGCCACUAAGUCAUCUUCUUUUGAAUUCCCCAACUUAGAAAAACUGUUUCUAAAAAACAGUGUCAAUCAGAUAUUGAUUAGAUAGUGAGUUAUUUGCCAUUCACUGUUAGUUACUUUGAAAGAAGAUAAGGAUUAUGACUAUCAUUAAACUUUGUUGUGAGUUUUACUUGAUGACAACACUAAAUCCUCUUCAUGUUUUCUUAUAUAAUGUGGUAACCCAGUCACACCUAAAAAUAAGUGAUCAGUGACAUUGUGUGCCUGGUCCAGGUCUCGUUCUCUAAUGUUUGAGACUUUCUCUUACCUAUGCCAAUGUUAUUGCUAUGGCCCAGCAUGCAGGUGAAACCUACAGACUUGGGGUAAAAGACAUAUACAUUAGUGCAAAAUGCUCCAAAAAGAUGUACACGUUUUUUAAGGCCCAGUACCUACAACAUUCUGGUCACUCAGGUGACCAGAAAGUAAUCUGAAUAAUCCGUGAUUAUCUUUCAAAACCUGACAAGUUGCUGUAACAUAGAUCUCUUUGGGCAAGUGGCUUUGGGGGAAUUGUGUUUAAUCAACAAAAUUGCAGCUAAAGGCUACUUCUUUUUCUUUCUCUCUUUUUUAAGACUUAACUAAGAAUUCCCUGGAGGUCCAGUGGUUAGGACUCGGUGCUUUCACUGCCAUGGCCUGGGUUCAAUCCCUGGUCAGGGAACUAGGAUCCUGUAAGCCACAUGGCGCAGCCCAAAAAAAAAAUAAAA